UUUCAUCCAUCUUUCCGUCGUUUUUUGUUGUUAUUAAAGUUUAUCUGUUCUCAAAUUCAUUCACUUAUUAUCUGAGCUAACGAAUUCAUAUUUCAUAUUAACAUAAUGGAUGUACAGUUUUCGAAAUAAGUUCUGAUCAUAUUAGUAUAAUGGAUGUACAUUUUUCGAUUCCGACCGCCUAUUGUAAUUGAAUUUUCCCUCAGAAUAUCCACCACCAUACUGGUCCUCGCAGGAUUUGGACCAUAUUUUAAAUAAGCUAAUCUACCUAGGCUGAUCAAAAUAAGUAACGACACAAUGCCCCUGAAAUGUGCAGUUACCGGUUGUUUAUCUAAGUCAAGUGUAGGCUCACCCAUAAAAUUUUAUCAUUUUCCCCAAGACAGUGCUAUGCGAGAGAAAUGGACUCAGUUUUGCAGCUCAGAAUCAACUUUGAACUACAGUACAGCUAGAAUCUGUUCGCGGCAUUUCCAAAAAGCAUUUAUAAUCAAGCGUCCGAUUGAUGUAGCUCUUGGUCUGAAAAGUCCUCCCAACUUCCGAAACAUCACAGAUGAUGCUGUUCCUACCCUGAAUCUUCCUCCUCAAGAUGGAGAGGAAAAGACCUCACAAACCGUAGAUCAAAACUCAGUCGCCCUAGAUACUACAGAGGUUCAAAGUGCUUCAACCUGCAAAACUACCUCUGCAUGCUCAACAACUCCAAGGUAUUUUUUUAGUGAGUCAGCGCUGGGGAAGUCAAUAUCCAGUCGAUAUCAGAAGAUCUCAUCAAUUCCCAUUAUCCGAUGCAAAUCAGACGUAGCUGGUCCAAAAAUCGUGCAAAUUGCAGGAAAGCAUUUAAAAUCAUGUGAAGUCUCCUCUAUACAGGCAACCAGUGAAAGAGAAAUAACGGAUUCCACCUCUGAUACAUCUCAUGGUCUCUUAAAAGAAGGAAAAAAUGAAGACAGAAAUGAAAAUUCAAAUUCAACAUCUAGCACCAACAGCUUAAAAGCGACUUCUGCAGAGGUGGAUCCUAAAAACUCAGACUUCAGCUCUAAAUCUCUAAGCACUAUUCUGCCAGCCCCACCAAUGGAGGUAACAACUACAAUAGGAUCAAACUUAAGCCAGGAUAAUGUGACUGAAUCAUUGUGUGCACCUCCACCUACAAAGAAACUCAGAUUAUUACUUCCCAAAAGCCGAGAAUUAGUUUCUGAAGAAAUUCCAUACAUGUCAUUUAUUUCAGAUAAUAACCACACUAUCACCGAAGAAUCUUUUGCCUCUGACAAUGUAUCAAUAAAGUCUUCUGGAAAGUUAAAAGCAAGUAAUUCAUCUCAAUACAUCAUUCUAAAGCGAUCAAAAUGGGAAGAGAACGACCAGAAAAUACGAGUCCUCAGUACCAGAAUGAAUGAACUGAACAACCUUGCCACCAAGUAUACAAGCGCUUUAGAAGAGAUGGUAGUAUUAAACCAAAGGUUAGUCUCAGCUAAAGGGGGAAAUAUUGAAAGUGAUAAUGAAAUAAUAAAACAUUUGAAGUUAGAAAAUGCCAAACUGAAUCGUGAAGUAGCUGGUUUAAGGAAAGAUAAAGAAAAGUUAGCAAAUGAAAAUCGUGCUUUAAGAAGUGACAAGGAGAAACUUGAGGAACGAUUCAAAAAACAUGCAAUAAUGCUGAAGCAAUAUUUCACCACAGGCCAGUUGAAGAGAAUGUUUGCUGAUGAUCCGAUGAGUCGGUCUCGCUGGACGCCUGAAGAUGUAGAACAAGCACUUGCCUUAAAAGCUGAGAGCACUGCUGCCUACAAUUAUCUCCAAGAUAGAUUUGCCUUUCUCCUACCUAAUCUUGCAACUCUGAGGCGAUGGGUGAGGGCCAAGAAGAUCAAUAUGGAUGAGCAAAUUGCCAAUAACCCAACAGAACCUCCCUCAGAACAAGAUAAAGCUUUGCAGAAUUUGAUUCUCCUGCAUGACCAGACAAAUGAAAUCAACUCUGAAGAAAUUAGUUUAGAUGAAAAUUUAUUAAGUAAUGGUACAAUCGAAAUUGUAAUGGAAGAAUAAUGCAUGCUUCUGGCAACUACUCUGUUGUUUAUGAAUGUUCAUUAAUGUCUUGAAGAUCUUAUUAGGUGUGCCAGCAAGCUUCAUCAAUGCAUCACAUCUAUCAAGAGCCAAUUUUCUGGCAGAUUUGGAAAAUCUCUUCAUAAUCAAGAGAAGAUAGUAUUGAAAGAUGAUCCUGGUCAAUCCAAGAUCAACUGUCACCUUCAAACAAAGGUGAAGAACAACGUCUAACUAAAAAGGAAAGCAAGCAGGAUUGUGACUACAAGAUUUAUGGAAAUUCUCUAAGACUUACAACUACAAGGAAUGGCAUAAGAAUAGCGACUGACUACAUAGACAAUAAGAAAAAGAGUACACUCGGUGGGCGAACGCCUUAUGCUAAGUGGGGGAUGGUACUGAGUACCAAAAGGACUUCCUGUUUAAGAAAACAACUUGCCGGAUUUCUGAUCACUGAUGGGCAAAGUAAACUUAAUUCUGUUUUUCUCAAGACUGUACUUUUUCUGCCUCUUAUGGGUGAUUUUGUAAGCCAUGUCCUCAAUUGUGUCUGCUUGCCAAAGAUAGGCAGUUAAUAUGAUCAAAUCUCUGUGAACAGAAAGUGUGGACCAGUAUGAAUCUUCAUCAUUUCUUUUGCCAUCGUUUAUAUUUAGAUUCACAACUAAAGCACUCACUGUUUAUGCUCUUUCUCCUGUCACUACGUGGAUUUUCCUUUGUCUGUAGUGGAUUUCACCUGUUGAUAGGCAGGGAUUAAAAUUAACUUAAUGCAGGGCAACAAAUAUACUGGAUCAAGUCUUGAUCUACAUUGUUGUGUGACAACGUUUUACGGUCCUCUUUUGCUGCUUAAUUACCGCUAAGUAAUUUGAUAAAAUAGUUUCAAUAAUAAUAGUGCAAUUGCUGCUUGUCAGAGUUGAGGGAUGGGUCAACUUUUACCUAGUUUCAUAGUGUAUUCCCCUCCACCUCAAUUGCAAGUAUGUGAUGUCUUGGAAACAAUGUUUUAGAGUUGGGAAAUCAACCAAUAAAUUUAUUUAUUUUGUUUCCCCUCUGA